GAGUUGCCCCAAGGGCUAAGAUGAAUCAACAACGAGGUAGACGGUUCAGAACAGCCAAAGAAGCUGCAGAAGCAGUUCGAAGAGCUGAAUCAAAAGGAGAGGCAUUGCCACAAGAGGCUCCGUUUGAUAGCACGGAAUUCAUGGCGAAGCUUUCUCUUCAACUUGAAUAUUUUAUUAACAAAAAAGUAUCAGAAGAUGCAAAUUGGAGAGGCAUACAAAUAGUAUUAUCUGGGCAUGGGGUACCAGGAGAAGGCGAACAUAAAAUAAUGGAAUAUAUCCGUAAUGCUAAAGCUCAAUCGGACUAUAAUCCUAAUGUUAGACACUGUUUAUAUGGAUUGGAUGCAGAUCUAAUUAUGCUGGGACUUUUGAGCCAUGACCCACAUUUUGCUUUGCUUAGAGAAGAGGUUACAUUUGGACCUAGCAGCAAAAAGAAAAAGCAUGGACGAAUAGAAUCGCAAAACUUCUACUUAAUGCACUUAUCUCUCUUGCGAGAAUAUCUAAAUCUUGAAUUUUCCACUCUUCGAGAAUCACUUCCUUUCGAAUACAAUCUCGAACGAAUAAUAGACGACUUUAUUUUGUUGGCGCUUUUCGUCGGCAACGAUUUUAUUCCACACUUGCCUAAUCUUCAUAUUGCUGAAGGGGCACUUGGUUUAAUGUUUCAAGUUUACAAAAAAAUUUUACCACAAGCUGGUGGAUAUAUUAAUGAUGGGGGAGUAUUAGAUAUGAAGAGAUUAGAGAUGAUAUUUAAAGAAUUAACCAUUUUUGAGAGAGACAUUUUUGAAGGCGAGUUUGUAGAUUUAAAAUGGUUCAAAGGAAAACAACGAAAAUAUCUAGAACAAAUUGAAAAAGAUAAAAAAAAGAAGAAAUUAGUAAUUACUCCGAAGCAGCAAGAGAUAUUCAAACAGGUUAAAGAGUUGGUUGAAUCACGAUCCGAAAAACCUAUUCAUUUUCCUGUUGAUUAUCCGGCGCGAGAUCGUAUGUUCAUUCAAAAUUUAGCAAAAGAUUUAGCUAUUCAACAUUCGGUAGAAUAUCAUGAAGAUGGAGAAGAUAAACAUGUUUAUGUAGAAUAUGAUUCAGAAGAUGAGUCUGAAGAAGAAAUGAAAGAAACGAGAGAGAAAGUGUUUAAAAAAUAUGAAAACGCAGAAAUUAUUGAUGAUGAUGAUGUAGAGGCUUUUGAGGAAAAAGAAAGACAACAGUAUGAAGUGAAAUUUAUUGAUUGGAAAAAAGAAUACUAUAUGGGAAAGAUGAAUAUCGAUUAUGAUAAUCCGGAACAGAUGGAUGGUAUAGUCGGCUCUUAUGUAGAAGGGUUGCAGUGGGUGUUACACUAUUAUUAUAACGGUGUAGCGUCUUGGGGAUGGUUUUAUUCUUAUCACUAUUCACCGAAAAUAUCUGAUUUGUACGACUUAGAAAGAUUUGAUAUCCAGUUCGAACUUGGUAGACCCUUUAAACCUUUUGAACAAUUAAUGGGUGUUCUACCCGAAGGGAGUAAAAAACUUUUACCAUCUGCAUACCAGGAUCUCAUGAUAGACCUUGAUUCGCCGAUAAUAGACUUUUAUCCUAAAGAAUUUGAUCUUGAUAUGAAUGGAAAAAAGCAAGAUUGGGAAGCCAAGAAAAGCAGAGAAACAAAUUUGGUGAAAGUCUCAUAUCUUAAUCAUUGCCAUUGUCGAACGGAAACCUAUUAUCUCCCUACUUUAAAUGGGUUAAAACUUGUUAAAGGAUUGUGUGAUGGGGUUAGAUUAGGGAUGAAAGCUAUGGCCGGGUUUCCAUCAUUAGAAACCAUUCCUCAUACUGGAAUACUCGGCAGGCAUGGUGUAAAAAGUG